CCAUUUUAGACGGAGUUGGAGUCCUCAUCAUAUGACACUGUAACUCCCUACUUGCAAUAAUAGAUAGUAUAAUACCAUUUCUAUAAUCCUUCCCUAUACCAUUUCUAUCUAGCUAGCUAGCUGCCUCCUGUAUUUCCUUGUUAUAGAACAAAAGGGUUGUCAGCUUCAGGGUAUAUUUGCAUAGAAAUGGCCACGGUUGAGGAGAAUCUGAAGAAAAAAUUUCAUGUUCUUGCUGAGAAGGCGAAAAGGUUUCCGGGUUUUGUUUGGCAAUCAACUUGGAAACUUGGUCGAGAAGAUCCUCGAAGAGUUAUCCAUGCUCUGAAAGUUGGUUUUUCUUUGACACUAGUCUCCUUGUUGUAUCUCUUAGAGCCUUUGUUUGAAGGAAUUGGACAAAGUGCUAUUUGGGCUGUAAUGACUGUUGUUGUUGUUCUCGAGUUUACAGCAGGCGCAACCUUGUGCAAAGGACUUAACAGAGGUUUAGGGACACUUCUAGCAGGAUUAUUGGCAUUUGCUAUUGAGUACAUUGCACAGGAAACUGGCCACGUCUUUCGAGCCAUUUUCAUUGGAGCUGCAGUUUGUGUUAUAGGGGCUGCAGCUACAUACAUCAGAUUCUUCCCUUAUGUCAAGAAGAAUUAUGACUAUGGUGUUGUGAUAUUCCUCUUGACAUUUAACUUGAUAACUGUUUCAAGCUUCCGCGUCACCAAUGUAUUAAAAAUCGCCCAUGAACGCUUCUACACCAUUGCCAUUGGCUGUGGCGUUUGCCUAUUAAUGAGUAUUCUGGUAUUUCCAAUUUGGUCGGGAGAGGAUCUCCAUAAUUCGACUGUGUCGAAGCUUGAAGGUCUAGCUAAAUCUAUAGAAGCUUGCGUAAACGAAUAUUUUAGCGAUGCUGAGAAAAAAGUUACCCAAGAUAAAUUAUCUGACGAUCCCAUCUACAAAGGUUAUAAGAAAGUUCUGGACUCGAAAUCACAAGAUGAAACUUUGGCAUUACAUGCGAGUUGGGAGCCUAGGCACUCGAGGAAUUGCAAAUAUCCUUGGCAGCAGUAUGUGAAAUUAGGAGCUGUUCUUCGCCAUUUCAGUUACACUAUUGUAGCUCUUCAUGGAUGUCUGCAAACAGAAAUUCAGACACCGAGAUCUUGCCGUGCCCUCUUCAAAGACCCAUGCAUUCGCGUCGCAGGCGAAGUAUCAAAAGCACUAAUGGAGCUUGCCAACAGUAUCCGAAACCAUCGCCACUGCUCUCCGGAGAUACUUUCGGAUCAUCUGCACGAAGCCUUACAGGACCUCAACAAGGCGAUAAAAUCACAGCCGAGGCUUUUUCUAGGGUCCAACAGUAACCAAGCUACCAACAUGCUAGCGGUAGCAGCAGCACAUGCUAGACAGAAGCAAGAGAAAGAUCGCGGGGUGUCAUUAUCGAGUGUGAAGACGGACAGCUGUGCAUUGCUAGAAUGGAAGACGAAAAGGAAUGAUCAGCAAUCGAGAGAAGCGGAGAGGAAAGUGUUAAGGCCGCAGUUGAGUAAAAUAGCAAUAACCAGUCUUGAGUUCUCAGAAGCACUUCCUUUUGCAGCAUUUGCAUCUUUGCUGGUGGAGACAGUAGCGAGGCUGGAUAAUGUGAUCGAAGAAGUGGAAGAACUGGGAAGGGUAGCUUGCUUCAAAGAGUUUAAACCUGGGGAUGAGGUUAUUGUCAACUGUGAGACACCAAAAGUGAAUGUUGCCCAGAAUCAUGUGUCUUCUUCUGAUGGGGCAGAGUGAUAGUCAAUUAUAUAGCAUGUACACUAAGCACCCCAAAACAGGAACUCCAUGUCUUUUUUCUUUCUAAUGAUUAUUAUCAUUUCACCUUUUCCCCAUUCAAA